GCUCUCUGUUGCUGCCCAUGGAGCUGCUAUUAGGAUGAAUUCAGAAAGAGAUUCGGAAACCACUUUUGAUGAGGAUUCCUCCCAACCCAACGAUGAAGAGGUGCCAUACAGUGACGAUGAAACAGAGGAUGAAUUGGACAUCCAUCCUGCUGUUGAACCAGAGCAAAAUCGCAUUAACAGAGAAGUGGAAGCAACUCGAGAGACACUUAGAAAAGAGUGCAGCUGGCAAGUUAAAGCAAAUGACAGAGCCUUCCAUGAACAGCCUCACUUUAUGAAAACAACCUAUCUGUGCCUUAAGAAAAGUAAAUAUGCAGGGAAUGCAAUUAAAACCUACAAGUAUAAUCCAAUCACCUUCUUGCCACUGAAUUUAUUUGAACAGUUUAAAAGGGCAGCCAACUUUUAUUUCCUGGUUCUACUUAUUUUACAGACAAUUCCUCAGAUAACUACCCUCUCAUGGUAUACAACUCUGGUCCCUUUACUGUUGGUUCUGGGCAUCACUGCAAUUAAAGAUUUAGUGGAUGAUAUUGCUCGACAUCGGAUGGAUAAUGAAAUUAACAACCGAACGUGUGAUGUAAUUAGGGAAGAGAGGUUCAAAAAUACAAAAUGGAAAGACAUUAAAGUUGGAGAUGUUAUCCGUCUGAAGAAAAAUGCUUUUAUCCCAGCUGAUAUUUUGCUGCUCUCCAGUUCAGAACCUAAUAGCCUUUGUUAUGUAGAGACUGCUGAAUUAGAUGGUGAAACUAACUUAAAGUUCAAAAUGUCACUGGAAGUAACAGACCGAUAUCUUCAAGAAGAAAGUACAUUGGCAGCCUUUGAUGGCUUAGUAGAAUGUGAAGAACCCAACAAUCGGCUAGAUAAAUUCACAGGAACAUUGAUAUGGAAAGGAAGGCGCUACGCUGUGGAUGCUGACAAAAUCUUGUUACGUGGGUGUAAAAUCCGGAACACAGAUGUGUGUCAUGGGCUGGUCAUAUUUGCAGGAGCAGAUACAAAAAUAAUGAAAAACAGUGGGAAAACACGGUUUAAAAGGACUAAAAUUGACUCCCUUAUGAAUUAUAUGGUUUAUACGAUCUUCGUUUUACUCAUCUUGGUUUCUGCUGGCUUGGCUAUUGGACACACUUACUGGGAACAGCAGAUUGGCAAUGCUUCUUGGUACCUCUAUGAUGGAGAAGAUUAUUCACCAUCAUAUCGUGGCUUUCUUAACUUUUGGGGAUACAUCAUUGUUCUUAACACUAUGGUCCCCAUAUCCCUCUAUGUGAGUGUUGAAGUGAUCCGUUUGGGACAAAGCUACUUUAUCAAUUGGGACUUACAAAUGUAUUAUCCGGAAAAAGAUACAGCUGCUAAAGCAAGAACCACCACUUUGAAUGAACAGCUUGGACAAAUCCAGUAUAUCUUCUCAGACAAGACGGGUACACUGACACAAAACAUCAUGACAUUCAAAAAAUGUUGCAUAAAUGGACAAACAUAUGGAGAGUGCAGAGAUAAAACAGGUGAAGAAAAUUAUCGUCAUGAACAAGUUGAUUUCAGCUGGAAUAUGUAUGCUGAUGGGAAGUUCACUUUUUAUGAUCAGUAUCUGAUUGAGAAGAUAAGGUCAGGGAAGGAACCUGAAAUUCAACAGUUCUUCUUCCUGCUUGCAAUCUGUCACACAGUGAUGGUGGACAAUAGUGAUGGUGAGCUCACCUAUCAAGCUGCCUCACCUGAUGAAGGGGCAUUGGUAACUGCUGCCAGAAAUUUUGGUUUUGUUUUUCUUUCACGGACACAAAAUACUAUUACAAUAAGUGAAAUGGGAACUGUAAGAACGUAUGAUGUUCUUGCUAUUCUGGACUUCAACAGUGACAGAAAACGGAUGUCAGUUAUCACGAGAGAACCAAAUGGAGCAAUCAAGCUAUAUUGUAAAGGGGCAGAUACAGUGAUUUAUGAACGACUGCAUCCAAAUAAUCCCCAAAAGCAAGCUACAGAAACAGCACUGGAUGUCUUCGCAAAUGAAACCCUUAGAACAUUAUGCCUUUGCUACAAGGAUAUCAGCAAUGAGGAGUAUGAAGAAUGGAAUAAAAAAUUCAUGAUUGCUAGUGUUGCUUCAAGAAACCGGGACGAAGCUCUAGACAAAGUAUAUGAAGAAAUUGAGCAAAAUCUAAUUCUCUUAGGUGCCACAGCAAUUGAAGACAAGCUACAAGACGGAGUUCCAGAAACAAUAUCCAAACUGUCAAAGGCAGAUAUUAAGAUCUGGGUGUUGACUGGUGACAAAAAAGAAACUGCAGAAAACAUUGGGUUUUCUUGUGAACUUUUGACAGAUGAAACUACUAUAUGCUAUGGAGAAGAUAUCAGUGCUCUUUUGCAAACAAGGAUGGAAAACCAGAAGAACAGAAUUGGACUGAAUAUGAAUUCAUCUGAAAGGGAUAAUGAACGUUUUUUCCCACCAGGUGGGAACCGUGCCCUCAUUAUCACUGGUUCGUGGUUGAAUGAAAUUCUUUUGGAAAAGAAAAAGAAAAAAAAGAAACUCCUGAAACUUAAGUUUCCUAGAACAAUGGAAGAAAAACAAAAACACAUGGAGAGUAAAAGAAGAGCAGAGCUGAAUAAGGAACAGCAGCAGAAGAAUUUUGUUGAUUUAGCUUGCGAGUGCAGUGCUGUGAUCUGCUGCCGUGUUACACCCAAGCAAAAAGCCAUGGUGGUUGAACUUGUGAAGAAAUACAAGAAAGCCAUAACUUUGGCCAUUGGAGAUGGCGCUAAUGAUGUAAAUAUGAUUAAAACUGCACAUAUUGGUGUUGGAAUAAGUGGACAAGAGGGUAUGCAAGCAGUCAUGUCAAGUGAUUAUUCUUUUGGCCAAUUCAGAUACCUACAACGAUUAUUGCUUGUUCAUGGACGAUGGUCAUAUAUAAGGAUGUGCAAGUUCCUUCGGUAUUUCUUCUACAAAAACUUUGCCUUUACUUUAGUUCACUUCUGGUAUUCCUUCUUCAAUGGUUAUUCAGCUAAGACUGCUUAUGAAGAUUGGUUUAUCACACUCUACAAUGUACUAUAUUCAAGCCUUCCAGUUCUUCUAGUUGGGUUGCUUGACCAGGAUGUGAGUGACAAGCUGAGCAUACGGUUUCCUACCUUAUACAUAUUGGGUCAGAGAGACUUGCUUUUUAAUUACAAGAAGUUCUUCAUCAGCCUCUUCCAUGGUGUUGUAACAUCCCUGAUUAUUUUCUUCAUACCAUACGGAGCUUAUCUACAAACCAUGGGGCAAGACGGAGAAGCACCCUCUGAUUACCAAUCAUUUGCUGUCACUGCAGCUUCUUCUCUCAUAAUUGCAGUUAAUUUUCAGAUGGGUCUGGAUACAGCUUACUGGACAUUUGUUAAUGCUUUCUCAAUAUUUGGGAGCAUUGCACUUUACUUUGGUAUUACAUUUGAUCUACACAGUUCUGGGAUCCAUGUCCUUUUCCCUUCUAUUUUUCAGUUUACAGGUACUGCUCCAAAUGCCCUCCGACAGCCUUAUAUCUGGUUGACAAUAAUAUUAUCUGUUGCAAUUUGCUUGCUCCCUGUGGUAGCACUCCGUUUCUUGACCAUGACUAUUUGGCCUACAGAAAGUGAUAAGAUUCAGAAGAAUCGCAAGAAGUACAAAGCCGAAGAAGAAAAGUGGAAGCGAAAGCCAAGUGUCUUCCGUCGUGGGAUAUCAGGGCGUCGUUCAGCUUACGCCUUCUCACAUCAGCGUGGUUAUGCUGAUCUUAUUGCUUCUGGGCGGAUCAUUCGAAAAAGGCGAGCUUCAUUAACUGCAGUACUUGGCAACAACUUGGCAGAAGUCAGGCACGCUGAAGAAGCCAGCUGAUGACUUCUUGUGUCCUAUGGCAAGAAGGAUUUUUUAAAAAUCAAUUGCACAGUUUUGUUUUUGUUUUUUAAUGAAAGACUCAGGAUUCUUUUUACCAGGGACAGUUAUGCAAGAUUAUGAAGACACUCUGAUUUUCUUUUCCAAGCAACUUGGUUUGGGACUAUCGAACUGAAGAACUGAGUGACAUUUUAAAAAUCCUGAUCUUUGUAUAAAUAUAUGCUCUGUGUGAAACUGAAGGAUACAAAUAAUCCACGAACUUUAAAGCCCUGCCAUUCUAAGGGCUUUGUUUUUUAAAAAGUACUUAAGAUUUCAAUUCCUUUUUUUUAAAAAAAAACUGCAGUCAUGAAAUAAAGUUCAACUAAGAGCUUGAGAAAGUUGCUUUUUGAAAGUAUGACUCCCGCUGAUCAUGUUGGCUAGGGAAUUCUGGGUGUUGUAGUUCAAAAAAGCAAUUUUUGAAGCUCUGAUUUAAUGCCUCGACACCAAAGAUGAAACGGCUGAGGAGCAAAAUAAUUCUGGUGCCACUUUGUGCCUUUAAUUUAUUCAGAUAUAGUGAUAAUUUUUAGGUAACCAAAGAUUCAUUAAUUUGUUUGUUCUUUAUAUGUUAAAUUGGCUGUGGGAUUUUACUUUGUAAGCACUCAGAACAUAAUUCUGAAGCAUGAAUGAUGAUGGU